ACCUUCACUUCCCCAAAUACUAUCAUUGCAGAAAAGAAGAAAACACACAAACACAUACACGUAACUCAUAACUUUGCUUCUCUUUUCAUUCACGCUUCUCUCUCUCUCUCUUCUCUCCCUUGGUUCUGCGCUUUCUUGCGGUGUACACAAAAUAAGAAAGAACAGAGUAUUGAGAAAUGGGUCAAUUCAAAGUGAAGACGAUUUUUGGCAUCCGAUUCUGUUUUUGAUUUUGAUCGGAUCAAGCUUGCAAAUCAGAACCCAGAUUUCAAAAUUCAAUCUUUUCUUUUCCAUUGUUUUUUCCUUAUAUUCUUUGACCAUAUCUGAUUCUGAUUUCCAAAAUCCACUCCCUUUUUGUGUUUCGCUUUCAUUUUGAUUCAUAUAUUUAUUCACACUGCACCCUUCUCAAUAUAUCUCUGUUCUAUUUGUUGUAAAACAAAACACUGAACAAGAAAGUUCUUGGUGGAGCUUCUGAGAGAGGAGGAGGGAGCUUGAAAGAUUAUUGAAGAUUUCAAUUGUUGGUGUGAUCAUGGCUGCUUCUGCUGCAAGGAACAGUGGUAAAUCCACAAAGGGUGCUGUUGUUGAAGAUUCUCAUCAUCAAAGGGUAAUUGCUGAAAGUGGAAGCCAACAAGAUUUGGAGAUGAUGAUGAUAGAUAAGGGAAAAGGCGUUGAGAGGCGGCAAUGGAAGCCAGUUUUUGAUGAAGCUUCCAUGUCAAAUAGGCCUCAUAAGAAGAUUAAUCAAUCACCACCAUCACCAUCAUCAUCAUUUUUAAAACAACAAGAACCUCCUUUUUCUACUUCUUCUUCUUCUUCUUCAAGAAUAGUGUUCCCUUUUGCAUUUGAAGGCUCUCAAACUCAGAAUCAAGCAAUGCAAUUCCCACACCAAUUUGGAACCACAAACAUGCCUCUCUUCCAUCCACCACCACCACAAAUUCAGCCAUCACAACUACCAUUACAUCAAAACAUGAUAUCUUUUGGGUCUCAACACCAACAACACCUUCAAAAUCUUCAGUAUUGGAGUGACACACUGAAUCUAAGUCCAAGAGGGAGAGCCAUGGCCAUGAUGAACAACAGAAUAGGGCCUGAUGGAAGGCCAUUGUUUUCGCCUUCACCUCCGGUGCCUUUGAAUGCUACAAAGCUCUAUAGAGGUGUGAGGCAGCGCCAUUGGGGGAAAUGGGUAGCAGAGAUUCGCCUCCCUCGCAAUAGGACUCGCCUAUGGCUUGGGACAUUCGACACGGCUGAGGACGCCGCCAUGGCCUAUGACCGCGAGGCCUUCAAGCUUAGAGGGGAGAAUGCUAGGCUAAAUUUCCCUGAGCUCUUUCUCAACAAGGACAAAGAUCAAUCAACAAAAAUGGCACAAGAUUCUUCUUCUUCUUCUGCUUCGGCAUCAAAGGUACCAGAGGCAGAGCAGCCAGAGCCAGAGCCGGAGCCAGAAGAAGACAUCACUAUGCAGCAGGAUUUGAACACUGAGAGCGUGCCGCCGCCGCCAGCGCCAUCAUUGCCUCCGGCUUCAAUGAUUGAUGACAAUGCUGAUAAUGAUUCAGGAGCUCCGCAGUCUCAGGAGUUGGUUUGGGGGGAAAUGGCUGCUUGGUUCAAUGCAAUUCCUGCAGCUUGGGGUCCUGGUAGUCCUGUGUGGGAUGAUUUGGACUCAAACAACAAUCUUCUGUUUCAAUCACAAAUUCCAUUUAUGAAUCACAAUCAGCAAGAAUUCAAUGACGAUGAUGAUCCUGAAGCUCAUAGAACAAUAGAAGGAGAUAAUAACAGAAAACCAGGUUCUUCUUCCUCUUCUUCUUGCCCUGUUAGACCCUUCUUCUGGAAGGAUCAAGAUUGAAACUUCACUCCAAAGUUUGGUUCUUUUCAGUGAUCAAAAUUGUGGGUCUUAUUCAUCUCUUGAAGAUUCUUCUUAUCAGAUAAUAAUUCUGCCUUGGUUUCCAAACUUCUACACCUUUCACAUAUUAGUGAAAAAUUUGAUCACCAAAACCCACCAAACUUCUAUUCUAUUUUCUCACUGGUUGCAGAUAUUUCAUAAAACGACCUGUGAAUCUCGGAUCCUUGAAGCAUAGUUUUUCACUACCUGAAAAAUUUCUGCUGUAAUAAAGGCUGCAUAUUUUUAUAGGCCUUUCAGCAUAUGCAUGGUUCAUACUUUAUGACUUAUGCGCCUUAUAGUUAUAUACCCUUGUCCCUAGUGGUAAUUUUCAUUUUCCUAUUUUUCUAUUUUUUAAUCUUAGGCCAUUUACAUCAUUUGUUGCCUUUUAUUUAUGUAGUAGUUGUAGUUUAGCAUGACCAAGGUUGAAGGAGACGUUUUUGUGAUUUCCUUCUCCAAUGGUCCAACCCAUUAUGAGCUAUUUAUUUUUCAGCUCCAAGGGUCUGAUUGUAUAAUAUUACUACUUAAUUUUAUAAUUGAUGUACAUUUU